AACUGACUUUGGUUUUCUUGAUCGGCGCUGGUUGUUUUAUAGAUAAAUCAAGCGGUUUUGAUUGUAUCACAAUGUCCAUAUUCGGUGAAUCAGGUCUCAGGAUUUCAGGAGAUGACUGUGCUAUAUCUUCCUGCACGUUUUCAGCUACUGAUGGUACUCUUGACGGCUGUUUUGUGGCAGGAGUUGACGAUGCAUUGUCCAAUUUAGAUGAUUCAGUAUCUGAUCUAGGGGAUCACACAGGUGAAGUGUUGCGUGACUCCACCUGCUCCCCUUUCUUUUCAGUAUCAGUGUCCGAGUCAGUGUCCCAGUCAGAUGAUAAUGACUCUCUUAGUUUCCUCUUGUAGGUCGUUGAACUUUUGGCUCGGAUGGCCGUAAUUCUACCUCUGAGUUCACCUAAACUCAUCUGAUCAUGUUCGUAGAUUUCUGUUUCUUGAUCAGAGUCCAAUAAUGGGGAGGGUGCUAUUUGUCCAAGGGGACACAGAGGAGAAAUUCUGGGACACUGAUGUUGUGGAGCCAGAGAUAUGAGGUGGACUGGUCAUAGCCAUCAAUGGUUUUGGCAUCUUUUUCAGAGUUACCAAAGGUGAUUGGAUUUCAUUUGGAAAUGUUUUCUCCUUUUCAGCAUGAUUGUGCUCAUGUCAGUCCAUCCGUUGGCGUGUCUUUGUGGUGCAUACUUUCAGCAUAAAUCUGCAGUACUUGAACUGACAAUACACAUAUUGGUGUUGAUUCAUGUCAUGUUCCUCAAGUUCCUCCUUUGUUGGAAAUUCUGCCUCACAAACGAGACCUUUUGUUCUGUAUUUGGCGCAGACCACCAUCCUGAAAAGAAGCAAAACAAGCAAUGUGUUAAAAAUUUGGCGAUUAUUCUAAAUCAUAAUCUUUUAACCACUUG